GAAUUAACUAAGCCAAUCUGAACUAAAAUAAUAUUAACUUUUUCUAAGUUCACCUGACCCCGACACCUUACACACUUAGAAGCAUAUUACCCUGGCAUUUAAGAAUUAAUUACAAUGCACAAUAAUCAUGCAGUCCGAAUGUCCGCUCCGUCGGGUCAUGAUCUCGAAUUAACGGACAGACAGACUGUCCCAGAUCACUGACAUAUGCAGCUUAAGGCAGGUUUACACCAGACCAGUACGCUCGCGCUAGUAAAUUGACAAACAAGUACUUGCUUUAUCCCUGUUCUGAGUACUGUUUGUAUUCUGUUUAACUGGUUCAUUCGACGCUUAUAAAGAUUAUAAAAUGGUAAAGCUGUUGUGGAAGUUGCAAAAUGAAAGUAAAAUUCAAAAAUCAUUCACAUUUUUUUUCCGUUGUAUUUUCUACAGGCGUUAUCGUUGUUGCAUUCGUUUAGUAACGGGAUGUUAGGAAGAAAUAUGACUUAUUUAUUGACAUGAAAGCCCAUUCCGAAAAUGAUUUUACCCAUAGAAAGGAAAAUUUUGUUAGUGUAAUUCGUUAGUGUUAAGGCUAUGAAACUUAUAAAUAUUUUUCGGUAUUUAAAGGCAUAUAUUACCUAAAAAAAAACGCUAAACGAAAUGGGCAUUAGAAGUAUACCUAGUAGCUAGGUGGCCAGUGCUACUAGCGUCCAUUAUUGGGGCGGUGUGAACCCUCCCUAAAGUUCACUCAUGAUUUCAUACAGUCAAUGGUGAGCCAGUACAUCCGAAGUAUUUGCCCGAACACAAGGAGACUUUAUUUCGGUGUUUAUAUGGACACGUGUGUGCGAUUUCCUGUGCUUUGUUGAUAAAUGUUGCCCGACUAUGACGUCGUGCGGCAUCUGCGCGAUGUUCCCGUCGUGCAUGUCGCUGCUGUCGCGGCGCGGCGAGCAGCGGGCGCCGCGCCCCGGCCAGGCCGCCGUCGUGCUCAACGUAUACGACAUGUACUGGACCAACUGGUACACGGCGGGCGCGGGCGUGGGCGUGUUCCACAGCGGCGUGCAGGUGCACGGCUCGGAGUGGGCGUACGGCGGGCACCCGUACGCCUUCACCGGCGUCUUCGAGAUCACGCCGCGCGACGAGCGGGAACUUGGCGAGCAGUUCCGCUUCAGACAGAGCGUGCACAUAGGGUACACAGACUUCAGCGAAGAGGAGGUGCGGAGGUUAGUCACAGAACUAGGCAAGCAGUUCCGAGGUGACAGAUAUCACCUUAUGAACAAUAAUUGUAAUCACUUCACAUCAGCAUUCUGUUUGGCGCUAUGCGACCGCGACAUCCCGGCGUGGGUGAACCGCCUCGCCUACGUCAGCUCGUGCGUCCCCUUCCUGCAACGGUGCCUGCCCAAGGAGUGGCUGACGCCGGCCGCGCUGCAGCAGUCGCUGGCCGCGCACUCGCGCUCCUCCUCGCCGCAGACGCCGCAAUAGCAGCAAGACGUACUGCACGUUUGCAGUUAAGCAGUCAGAAGUGUUGUGCGAACUAAUACAUACUAGAGUUAACGUUAGCUAAUAAUUUGUUUGGCGCAUUGUCGAUCGUUACUAAAGAGGCGAAGCCGCGUAGUGCCGUACCCAACAUUUAGUCGAUAUUUCUGUUAUGUUAAGAAAUCGACUAAACCAAUCACGAACAAUUCCAAGAGUAAUGGACUCGACGCGACUUCGGCCUUUAUAUUAAUCUAAUCAUAGUUCUACUUUAAAGAUAGUAAAAAUUGAGCUUUGUCUCUCUCAUAAGUGUUAGUAUGAGGGAGACAGGACUAUUGCCCUCAGUUUUUAUUAUAGAGUGUUAUAAGUAUUUACUAAAGCGUUGUCCCCAUGUUACGGGGUUCCUAUUUGAAUACGAAAAUAACGUUUACCUAAUAUUUAACUUACCUACCGAAGGAAUUGAUCGAAACAAGCGUUUUUUUUUUCAUUAAAUUAUAUUAUUAACUAUUAUUUAACAAAAAAACGAAACUAAUGAGAUAAUAUUCUGAAAUUUAAAUUUUAUGUGACGUGACAGAUGUUCUUUGUAUAUUUAGAUAGCAUAGUACAAUGUCUUGUAAACUCGUUUUAAGUUAAAACUUAAUUUAAUAUUAUUGUGUUCUGGCAACUUUCACGUUGGAUUUUAAAAUGUAACAAUUUUGUCGUUGAGUUGUGUGACUUGGCGUGUUGUGUGUGUGUUUACAUAAAUACGUAGUUGAUAGUAGUCCGUCCGUCGAAAGUUUAUAUACAAAAGCUUCUUAUACUAAGUGUGUAUACCAAAUAUAUACGAAUAGUAAACAAGGGCGGGGCGCCACAACACAAGUUUUCAAACGGUGGAUUAUACCCAGCCUAAUCGAAUGCCUUAUUAUAACUAAUAUAAAAUAAUUCAUGCUAGCACUGCGAAAUACAUUUUUGUAUACCCUCAAAACGCAAACUUAUAAAUUGAGCUAUAUUAUAAGCUAUCGAUUGAAACGGAGAUAUUUAUCAUAAGGUAUCUGCGAACACAUACUUUAAUGAUUAUAUUUUAUUCAAUCUUUAGCUAGAAUAUUUUAGCUAAUCAUGUACAAAAGUGAAAGAUUACAAUAUACUAAAUAAAAUUAGUGUACAUUAUUUAAAAGCAAUAAAAUAAUUCUAAAGUAUCUCGCUCCGCCUUGUCCCAACUUACUCAAAUUUUAGGUUACAUAAUAAAA